AUGGAACCAGCCAUGUCGUGGCCGGAACAGCUUAAUGAGAAUACUCUCAUCAAUGCGCCCGAAGAGGAGUUCUCUAACUUGUUCGAGUUCAACAUACCUUUUCCCGAAAUCGAGCACGGACCAGGGAAUAUGCAGCAUUCCCAUUCCCUACCGACCACCACCGGCUCGGAGUCGGAUAUGGCUCACCUACGAUCGCAUCCCGUGCAGUACUCGGGCCAGAUGGAGGGCCUCAUGGAUUUCAGUGAGAACACACAGUCGCACGCGCACCAUACCCAACCAAUGCCUUACUCGACUCCCCAUAUGACGCCAGGGUUUUGCGCGCAACCGUCGCCCAUGUCACAACCGCCUGCGCAGCAAAAUUAUACGCAGAACCACGGCAUGAUCCCUCCUACUCCGAAUAGUGUCGAGAUGCAUGGAAAUACUGCCCGAUACCCCCAGCGCGCGGACGAAACCCCGGAUAUGUACGACGGUUACUCCCGCAUCAACGAGGAGCAGGCUCUCUACACUCCUCUUAUUUCACCGGCUAUGACACCCCUGGAGAACCAAUUUCGACUUCCUGAGUAUACAAUUCCUGGCGAAUACUUCACACCUCUUACCUCUCCCGCCCUGGAGGCCCAAAAUGCCGAAUCUAGCAGUUACCAGUACCAUGCAAGGCAGGUAUCGGAUAUGGGCUUCGUUCCCACUACCGCGGAGGUGAACCCUCUUCCCGGAACUUCGGCUCCGCCUUCUCCUAGCAUCAUUCGGAAGCCCAACACUCGUCACCGACAAUCGACGACCACGACUCGGCUCAAUAAUGGACGGAAGGUCAAGCAAUCACCCAUUAUUCGGGCGCAGCGCAAACGCAGCACUUUAGCUACCAAUUCGGAGGAGUUCUACAGCAGCCUUACACAGGAGUUGAACACCACAAAACCACAGAAUCAGGAUAUUCGCUCACUCCGGCUCAGCAGUAAUGAGGGCUCCGGGCAGGACUCGGUAUCUCCCGAGCCAUUAUCAGAACCAUUGAUGCCACCUCCCGCUCUCCCCCCUCCUCGCAUGUCUCCUGCUAUUGCUCCCCAUGUUCAAACCUCUUCGCCCGGCACUGCUGCCACCCCUGCGCUUUUGAUGCGCAUCCAGCGGAAUCAGCAUUUGCAAGAUCCAUCAGGCCAGUUCCGCGGUCAAGCCCAGCUCGCAGAGCCAGGGUUCCCAGAUGAAAUAAUGGAAGAUAUAUCUCUUCCAGAGGCGGCUGCUCCUUCACAGCUGCGUCCGAAACCCAACCGCAUCGAUACCGCUAUACGGACUCCGUCGAUCUCCACCAAUGGGACACCUUUCAUGGAUCCUUCGUCUGCGUCGUACGAUAAACCCCCUAGUUCAUCGCUUGCCCCCAGUCCACACACAGCUGCAAUGCCAUCUCCCAGUGGACCGGUCCCUCGGAAAUCAGAUUCCAGGACUGCGUCUAAUCGGAAACGACCCAGUUUGAGUUCCACUCAUGCCAGCCCACAGUUGCGACCCAAGAUUAGUCCCAGCAUCCAACCACUUAUGAAAGGCAGUGAGGGCAUGUCACAGGAUGCGCUUUACCUUGCAUCAAAGUCCAACUACCAACACAUUCUCGACGGCACUCUACCAUCCGGUGUGAGCUAUCCAGAGGCCUUGGCAGAGAAUCUAAGCUCCAAGCGGACGAAUCACAAGCUCGCAGAGCAGGGACGCCGGAAUCGAAUCAACAAUGCUCUCAAAGAGAUUGAGCUGCUCAUUCCGCAGGAGUUCAUCGACGCCCGCAACGCCAAAGAAGCCGCAGAAUCCAGUGGCAAGGCCAACGAGAAGGAAAAAGAGAAAGAAAAGGCCACUCAAGCCAUCAGCAAGGCCACCGCUGUGGAGAUGGCUAUUGAUUACAUCAAGGCUCUGAAGACGACAUUGGACACAACCACUGCCAAGUUGGCCGCCGCUGAGGCCAAGCUCUCGGGCGAGCCCACCAAGGAGAGCUCAUCAUCCACUUCCACUGCUCAAUCCGAGAAGAAUCUAAAUGGUGCUGCCAAGCCCGAGACGAAGAUUUCGGCAUGA